UGGAAGGAGGUAUCGUGGUGGGGAAGUUCCUGACAGCAGCAGGAGGGAAUGGAGGAGAGUGUAUCAGACGAAAUAUCAGGACAAUUUUCAUUCAAGACGGCCCAAUAAAAAAUAUUUAUUAGGAAGGAAUAAUCUUCAGCUCCUCAAGCACUGUCAUUAAAGCCUUUCAACUGUGUAGAGCUCCUCUAGUUAAGAUGUGGGGGAGUGUGAUGAGCUGAUUGAUGAGCGUUGAUCAUGAAGCCCAGAGUAAGUGCUGCCUGGUCCAUCACAGAGUAUGACCCUACCUUAAGUUUUAGAGGAAGAGAAUGAGGAAAUGAGAUAGACUGCACCCCCAGUAUCCCCCAGUCCUGAAGCAACAUGUCAGGACUCCAGCUAGUCACCCCCGCCUCCAAUCCCAUGGGGCCUUUCUUUGGUAUCCCGUGGCAACAGGAGGCCAUCCACGACAACAUCUACACGCCUAGGAAAUAUCAGGUUGAACUUCUUGAAGCAGCUCUUGAACACAAUACUAUCGUCUGUUUAAAUACUGGCUCAGGGAAGACCUUUAUUGCAGUAAUCUUAACUAAAGAGCUUUCCCACCAAAUCCGGGGAGACUUUGCCGAACAUGGGAAGAGGACAGUUUUCCUGGUGAAUACAGCAUCGUCUGUGAUUCAGCAAGCAGCUAUUGUUAGGACCCACUCUGAUCUCCAGGUUGGAGAAUACACCAGCGCGGAGAAGAUCUCCUCAUGGUCCGGGGAAAAGUGGAGCCAAGAAAUGAUCGAAAAUCAGGUGCUCGUUAUGACUUGCCAUAUCUUCCUGCAUGUGCUGAAGAAUGGAGUGUUGCCACUAUCGAAACUCAACCUGGUGGUGUUUGAUGAGUGUCACCUGGCAAUCACAGACCAUCCCUACCGGGAGAUAAUGAAGCUAUGUGAGGGCUCCCUGUGCAGCCCUCGCAUCCUGGGCCUCACAGCAUCCAUUCUGAAUGGUAAAUGUGACCCAUCUGAACUGGAGCAGAAGAUCCAGAACCUGGAGCGGAUCUUAAGGAGCAAUGCAGAGACCGCUACUGACCUUGUAGUCCUCGACAGAUAUGCUUCCCAGCCCAGAGAAGUGGUGCUGGACUGUGGACCCUACCUGGACAAGAGUGGCCUCUCUGAGUGUCUGCUGAGCGAGCUGGAUGAGGCUCUCCACUUCCUCAACGACUGCAACCUAUCUGUGCCUCGAGAGGACAGAGACCCCACCUUCAUAACCAAACAGGUGCUGAGGUACUGCCGGGCAGUGCUUUUGGUGCUGGGGCCAUGGUGUGCUGACAAGGUGGCUGGUAUCAUGGUGAGGGAGCUACAGAAGUACAUCAAACACGAACAGGAAGAGAUCAACAGGAAGUUCCUGCUCUUCACUGACACCAUCCUGAGGAAGGUCCACGCUCUGUGCGAAGAGCACUUCUCCCCCGCUUCUUUGGACCUAAAGUUUGUGACCCCAAAGGUCAUCCGUCUCUUAGAGAUCCUCCAUGAGUACAAGCCCUUCGAGAGGCAGCAGUUUGAGAGCGUGGAGUGGUACAACAACCGCAACGAGGACAACUACGUAUCGUGGAGUGACUCAGAGGACGAAGACGAGGAUGAGGAGGUAAAGGAGAAGCCUGAGGCUAUCUUCCCCUCGCCAUUCACCAACAUUCUGUGUGGGAUCAUCUUCGUGGAUAGGCGCUACACUGCCGUCGUCCUCAACCGGCUGAUAAAAGAGGCCGGGAAGCAGGACACAGAGCUGGCCUACAUCAGCAGUAACUUCAUCACCGGCCACAGCAUCGGCAAGAACCAGCCACGCAACAAACAGAUGGAGGUGGAAUUCAGGAAGCAGGAAGAGGUUCUGCGUAAGUUCCGAGCCCACGAGACCAACCUGCUCAUAGCGACCAGCAUCGUGGAGGAAGAGGAUAUUCCCAAAUGUAACCUGGUGGUGCGGUUCGACCUGACCACUGAGUACAGGUCCUACGUUCAGUCUAAAGGCCGAGCCAGAGCUCCUGUAUCCAACUACGUCAUGCUGGCUGACAGUGAGAGGGCCAAGACCUUCGAGGAUGACCUAAAGACCUACAAGGCCAUAGAGAAGAUUCUGAGGAAUAAGUGUUCCAAGGCAGCAGGGGUCGGUGAGUUUGAGGUGGAACAGGAGCUGGAUGAUGACAACAUCCUGCCUCCCUACGUGCUCCGCUCUGAGGACGCAGGGCCCCGCGUCACCGUCAACACCGCCAUCGGACACAUCAACAGAUACUGUGCCCGUCUGCCCAGUGACCCAUUUACCCACCUGGCACCCAAGUGUAAGACCAAGGAGCUUCAGGAUGGGCGCUACCAGUCAACCCUCUACCUGCCCAUCAACUCCCCUCUACGGGUGCCCGUCGCUGGGCCGACAAUGAACUGUGCAAGACUGGCAGAGAAAGCAGUAGCACUGCUUUGUUGUGAAAAGCUUCACAAAAAAGGUGAGUUAGAUGACCACUUGAUGCCUGUGGGGAAGGAGACAGUGAAGUAUGAGGAGGAGCUGGAUCUCCAUGAUGAGGAGGAGACCAGUGUUCCAGGCAGGCCAGGAUCCACCAAGAGGAGGCAGUGCUACCCUAAAGCUAUACCGGAGUGUCUUCGGGACAGUUACCCUGUACCGGAGCAGUCUUACUACCUGUAUGUGAUUGGCAUGGUCCUCACCACCCCUCUGCCUGAUGAGCUCAACUUCCGCCGCAGGAAGCUCUACCCUCCAGAGGACACUACCAGGUGCUUCGGCAUCCUGACCGCCAAACCUAUACCUCGGAUUCCCCAUUUUCCUGUUUACACACGGUCUGGUGAGGUGACCAUCUCCAUCGAGCUCCAGAAGGCAGGGUUCACCCUGAGUGCUAUCCAGCUGGACCUGAUCACUAGAUUACACCAAUACAUCUUCUCUCACAUCCUCCGCCUGGAGAAACCUGCUUUGGAGUUCAAACCCACGCAGGCCGACUCAGCCUACUGCGUUCUACCUCUCAAUGUUGUUGAGGAUUCAAUCACUCUAGAUUUGGACUUUAAAUUCAUGGAGGACAUAGAGAAGUCUGAGGCUCGUACUGGCAUUCCUACCACCCUGUACACCAAGCAGAACCCCUUCACCUUCAAACUGGAAGACUACCAAGACGCUGUCAUCAUUCCACGGUAUCGUAACUUUGACCAGCCUCACCGUUUCUACGUGGCUGACGUUUACACAGACCUCACACCACUUAGCAAGUUCCCGUCGCCGGAGUAUGAGACUUUUGCUGAGUACUACAAAACCAAGUACAACCUGGACCUAUCCAAUGUAAACCAGCCACUAUUGGAUGUCGACCACACCUCCUCACGACUGAACCUCUUAACCCCUCGCCACCUAAACCAGAAGGGGAAAGCACUGCCUCUCAGCAGUACAGAGAAGAGGAAGGCCAAGUGGGAGAGUCUACAGAACAAACAGAUCCUGGUCCCAGAGCUAUGUGCCAUCCACCCCAUCCCAGCCUCUCUGUGGCGGAAGGCUGUGUGUCUCCCCAGCAUACUGUACCGCCUCCACUGCCUCCUCACAGCUGAGGAGCUGAGGGCCCAGACAGCCAGCAACGCUGGAGUUGGAGCCCAGACCCUGCCCCCUGACUUCAGGUAUCCAAACCUGGACUUUGGAUGGAAGAAAUCCAUCGACAGCAAGUCUUUCAUCUGUCCGCAUGAUGAGGAAGAGUAUGAUGAUAUGAUGAGGAGGAGGAAGAGGAUAGCGGUGAUGAGAACUGUAAACAUCACGACCAGACUGCAGCCCCUGACCCUGCUGUUGCUCAGCAACCCUGUAGUGACUGUCAUGUCUCCUCCCAGCCUGAGAGGGGUGAUGUCAGCAAAUACCCAGAAGCUGACAGGCCAGAGGAGGAGGAGCCCCAGCAGCCAGACUCUGCCUCCUGCACCAAUACCCUCACUAACGGCACUGCUGCCGUCGCCAAAGACAACAGUGAGAACGGCGACCACACACACCUUCAUGACGGACGUGAUAGCUGCCAGUUCCUCCCUGCUGGCCCUGGAGAGCGAAGAAGUAUCAACAACAAUGACAACACAAUCCACUACCUCAGUUCUUCCUGUGCAGCUCUCUCCAAGCACAGAGAACCAGAAUCUAACCCCAACACAGCCCUGGACCCAGUCUCAGCUUCAGCACCCUCAGCCCCGGACCCAGCCUCAGCCCCGGACCCAACCUCAGCCCUGGACCCAGCCUCGACCCCCACAGCCUAGAGAUGAAUGUAAACCAGGGGGGACCACAGGGCUCCGUGAGGGCGAUGGACACUACGUGAAUCAAGCUACCUCAGACUCCUGCAGCCCAGCAACAGUGACGUGGCCCAAAGGCACCGCUCCCAUCACAACCACAGCACUUUUACCUGACUACUCAAAGACUCAGGAGACCAGUUCCACAGGGGGGGACACACCUGGCCCCUGCCCCAAGAUCCUGGGGCCCAACCCGGGGCUUAUCCUUCAGGCCCUGACCCUAUCCAACGCCAGCGAUGGCUUCAACCUGGAGCGUCUGGAGAUGCUGGGAGACUCGUUCUUGAAGCACGCCAUCACCACCUACCUGUUCUGUACUUACCCCGACGCACACGAGGGACGACUCUCCUACAUGAGGAGCAAGAAGGUGAGCAACUGUAACUUGUAUCGUCUGGGGAAGAAGAAAGGUCUUCCAAGCAGGAUGGUAGUGUCCAUAUUUGAUCCGCCGGUCAACUGGCUGCCCCCUGGCUACGUGGUCAACGUGGACGAGAGCAGCGAAGACAAAUGGGAUGAGGAUGAGACCAAAGAGGACCCCCUGGACAACGGUAGUGCUGGAAAGGAGUUCUGUGAGGAUGAGGUGGAGCUCGAGGAGGAGUUGCUGGAGGAGGAUGAAGAUCUGAGGUGGAAGGAGUCUAAAGAAGAAGUCAACAUCGAGGACGACCUGGAGUACUACCAGGAGCACGUUAAGUUCAUCGACAACAUGCUCAUGGGCUCCUCCGUCCGCUCCUCCUCCCCUGCAGCCGAGCCCAGCUUCGGGGUGUGGAAACCCCCCAAGAAACCUGGCCCGGUCCCCACCCCCGACUACCCCUCGGAGCCUGGCGGUGGUGGCUCAGUAGAUGAGUUUGACUACAGCUCGUGGGACGCCAUGUGUUACUUGGACCCCAGCAAGGCGGGGGAGGAGGAUGAUUUCGUGGUGGGUUUCUGGAACCCGUCUGAGGAGAACUGUGGGGUGGAGCUGGCAAAACAGUCCAUCUCCUACGACCUGCACACGGAGCAGUGCAUCGCUGACAAGAGCAUCGCUGACUGUAUAGAGGCACUGCUGGGCUGCUACCUCACCAGCUGUGGGGAGAGGGCUGCUCAGAUGUUCCUCUGCUCACUGGGACUCAAGGUGUUACCGGUGGAGAGUCGGACUCUGAGGGAGGAGGGCGGAGUCACAGAGGUAGCGAACCUUGACCUCCAAUAUGGCUGGCUGAAGAUCCCGCCCCGCUGCAUGUUCGACCACCCGGACGCAGAGCGCACCCUCAACCAUCUCAUCUCCGGCUUUGAGAACUUUGAGAGGAAAAUCAGCUACACCUUCCAGAACAAGGCCUACCUGCUGCAGGCGUUCACACACGCCUCCUACCAUUAUAAUACCAUUACAGAUUGUUACCAGCGGCUGGAGUUUCUUGGCGAUGCAAUUUUAGACUACCUCAUAACGAAGCACCUUUAUGAAGACCCUCGCCAACACUCUCCCGGCGUGCUCACAGACCUGCGCUCGGCACUCGUCAACAACACUAUCUUCGCCUCCCUGGCCGUCCAGUACGACUACCACAAGUACUUCAAGGCUGUGUCGCCCGAGCUGUUCCACGUCAUCGAUGACUUUGUGCAAUUCCAGCUGGAGAAGAAGGAGAUGCAAGGCAUGGACUCUGAGCUGCGGCGGUCAGAGGAAGACGAGGCGAAAGAGGAGGAUAUUGAGGUCCCCAAGGCAAUGGGAGACCUCUUUGAGUCGCUAGCCGGAGCAAUUUACAUGGAUAGCAGGAUGUCACUGGAGACUGUGUGGCAAGUGUAUUAUCCAAUGAUGAGGCCACUUAUAGAGAAAUUCUCAGCUAAUGUCCCUCGCUCUCCGGUGCGGGAGCUGUUGGAGAUGUAGCCAGAGACGGCCAAGUUCAGCCCUGCAGAGAGGACGUACGACGGGAAGGUCCGUGUGACGGUGGAGGUCGUAGGCAAGGGCGUGGGCCGCAGCUACCGGAUCGCCAAGUCUGCCGCCGCGCGCCGGGCUCUGCGCAGCCUCAAAGCCAACCAACCUCAGGUCCCGAACAACUGAGCGUCACACGCUAACUAGCUAGCUACUGACGCUAGCAACUGACACUAGCUACCUACAACUGUUACUAGCCGGUAGCCACUGAUGCUAGCUACUGACGCUAACCAGUAGUUACCGGUGCUAGCGAUUGAUGCUAGUUACCAAUACAGCGCAACAUUAGCCCUGUAUCUCCAGCGCACAAUGGCGCAGCCAAGGAACGUUCUGUAGAGACCUGGGGAAGUCCCAACACAACAAGAGAGCUGAUCUGGUCGUAACAGAUUUUACGUUGGAUUUUUUUUGUUGCGCAAACACAAUCUUUACUUUCCUUCUCUGCUUUGUGUAAUCACAAGAGUGCUUUAUUAACAUAUAGCAAAGUGUUAAAAAGAAAAAAAAGGUCAGGUGUCGCUUUGUUUGCUUUGUGUCAGUGAGAUAUGAGGCUUAUGCUUAUUAUGAGUAAUUUUAGAUUGUACAUAGAUGGUUCAAAUCAAACGUGUAAAUCAAAAAAACGCUAAACUCCUCAGUCUGUGCACUAGUGCCAGUUUUAAAGUGUUUUUUAAAAACGCUAUGGCUAAGAACAUGGCAAGCAGAGGCCAGACCACCGACGAAAUAGACCAUUGGGGCCCACCUCUGUCUGAACUCUCUUGAGAUGGUAUUCUUAGGAUGUGUCUCAAAUGGCACCCUUUCCCCUAUAUACGACCCUAUGGGCCCUGGUCAAAAGUAGUGCACUAUAUAGGGAAUAGGGUGCCAUUAGGAAUGCUGCGUCAGUCAUUAUUGCACUUAUUCCAUUACGGUCUGUUGUGUUGAGAAUUGUGUGGUCUGAUGGACACAAAUAAUAUACGUAACAAUAUCUAUAAAUUGAUGAUGAAAUCUAAAUAUUAUUUGCCUUACAUACUAAGGCCCUUCCUCGUAUCCUGAAAAAAAUGUAUAGAAAGUCAACAUACCCAGUUACUGUAAUUUAAAAAUAGAUUUCAAACAGCAUUUGAGAAUGCAUGUUCGUGUAGCUUAUGUAUUAAUAACAAUGGCAACUGGAUGGCUUAUAUAAACAUUAUAAAUCUAUCAAUAUAUCUAAAGUGAAAGAAAUGAUAUGUUUAUUAUGACAUAAGUCGAAACUUUGGUUUCAAGUAUGUCUUUUGAUACUAAGAUUGAUAAUGUUCCUUUUGAUCACCUUUUGGUCAUUUUUUUAGCAUUUAGUUAUGUCUCUAUUGGCUGAGUUGUUUAUAAAUAUUAUGAAAAAGAAGACAUAUCACCCAGGUAAUAUGCUGCAGAUUUUGUAUGAAUUGGAUACUUCUGUAAGGCACAGAGCACCUUUUAAGUACCGUCUUUAGGACACACAGACAACGUUGUUCUUCAACAGAAUUGCGGUUCACACAUCCCUUUACGCGUCAAAGCUUAUGCAGAUGUGGCGCUACAGGGUUGCACAUGUGAGUUCCUAGGGAUAUGGGUACCAGCCUUUUUGUUUUAUUAUUUAGUUCAAACACAUUGUGACUACAUAGCUUCGUAGACUAAAUGUUUUUAUUUUCUCUCAAAAAUGUCAUUAGGCCCUCUUCACUUGAAUAGCUCAGUUGAUUGCAUGCAAAAAAAAUUGGGUGCCAUGAUUUUUUCUCUCGUUUUAAGCUUGAAUUUUUAUCAUUUUUGCACUGUACCUACAAUACCUCUUUAUUUGACCUUUCAAAUCUGUCAGUCCGGUUGAUUGACCUGUUUUAGCAGCCGUCAAGCUGUAGAGGUUUAGCUUCGUUGUUGUCAUAGUUUUUUCCCUCUCCCCUCUUUUGAUUUAAUGCUUGAAGAUUUGGUUGGGUUAAACCAGAGGGUAUUCUCAUUCUGCACAUACAUAGGCCUAAAGUAAUGUGUUUAGUCUCUGUUGAGCAUCAAUCCUCUUUAAAUGAAAAAUAAAUGAAUUAGCAAUGAUCCGAGGAGGGUUCCAUCUGUACUGUAGCUUGUUGAGGUAAGCCGAUUGCACUCUAAAUCUCUCUCUCUCACCUUGUGUGGCCAGCCCAGUCUUACUGUAGGUUGAAGACUCUUAAGAUUCUAGAUUUCCAGAUCCUAAGAUUCUAGAUUCUAAGAUAAUUUCUCACUCUACUUCUAUUUCUCACUCUACUCUCAACUUAUUUGAAAAUGGCAUUCCUCACAGCUGUUUCAUUCCUUAAACUGUACACCCGUGUUGUCCUAAAACAGUGGGUGUGCAAGAAACGUAAUUAAGCUCUUUCAAAUGAUUAACUUAGUAGUGCCCAAAGUGAAUGAAUGAAUUAGGAGGUUUGUGGUGCAUUUUAUGGUAUUAUAUUUGAUAUAUAUAUCAUGUAUGCUUCCGACGCUUUCCGUUAGUAUGGCAACUUGGGCAAAUGUAUGGCUAAGUCAUAAAAUCCUACCGUAGGUAUACUACCUCAGAAGACACUGCACUCUGAUCAUUGCCAGUCACAAUGUCUUGUUUAAAUAUAUAUCAAUACAAAUGAACUGUUUUUCCUGGACACAACUGCAAUUUGACAAAUAUCUAUUGCAGUGACAUAUAUACUGUAGUCUUUUUACUGUGAUAUCCGUACCUUGAAAAAUGUAAUCUAUCUAUAGACAUGUAUAAACUCAUGUAAUUCUUUGCAAAGAGGCAACAUUCCCACAGAGUUACUUGUAUCUAUUUGAUGAUGACGUAUAUUUUUGACAGCCGAAUAACGCAAACUGAAACAGUGCCUUUCGACUUACAGUAUCCUGACUAAUCAAGUGAAUUCUGCAACUCUUGUCUCUCGAAGGCAACCUUGCCUACAGUAGCUGCAACGAGCCUAGUACUGUUUGUUCAUAGUGGGUAUGUGUGUAUGCAUGCAAUACUAUUACUUAACCUGGUGCCAUACAAUGGAAUUUGGUUUCUGACCUUUGGAAUACCCAUGUAAAUAUGCUGAAUUUAUACAUUUUUGAUAACAGCAUUCAAAAGUUGUGUGUGUAUGUGACUAGAAGGAAGGCUUAACUAAACGACAGUGGUGUAUAUUAUAUUAUAACAUUAUUAUAUAUAUUAAUAUUCUGAGUUUGUUUUAUAACAUAUAAUUUGACAUCAGACGCUCUCAAGCAGCAGUUGUGUGACCCCGUUAAGCAUUUGUUAAGUAGUGAAAUUUGGUCUAAAGUGUACAUUGGUUCCCCCCAAGGAGGGGGACUUCAUCAUAAUAAGCAUCAAGCAUCGGACUGGAGAUUGGAGCUUCAGGCACUACCAAAGCACACUGUCUCUCUCCAACACUCAGCCAGUCUAAAGAACUGCAGCUAAUGUAACAUUCAUCUAUAUAUGUUUUGGUUUGUUCUGUUAUGUGUUCCGGAAUUUCAAUGCGUGCGUGCACACACUCAAAUGUUUUAUUUGGGGCGAUGACUUUAAAAUAAUAUGAAAUCACUCACAUGGUA